GGUUCUGAAACAGACCAUGGGGGGUGGGGUGGGGGGGGGGGUGUUGCCAGGGAACCAGCAUGGUUCCCUUCAGCACGCUGGCCAGCACCCGCAUGGACGUCACAGUCCUCCAGCGGACUUCCACUCUCCAUCCAUGGACUUCCCUGAUGUCCUCUCCGCGUCUUUCCUCGUCGCGGUGGCUCUCGUCUCGCUCCUUUCCAACUUGUUGGUGCUGCUCUGCUUCCUCCACAGCACCGAGAUCCGCCGACAAGCCCCCGGCGUCUUCACCAUGAACUUGUCCCUCUGCAACAUCCUCAUCGCGGUACUCAACAUGCCCGCCACCGCGGCCGGCAUCCUUCGGCGGCAGCAGCCCUUCGGGGACGCCUGGUGCAGCUCCGUGAGCUUCCUGGAGACCUUCCUGACCGCCAACGCCAUGUUGAGCACGGCGGCGCUCAGCAUCGACCGGUGGAUCGCGGUGGUCUUCCCGCUCAGCUACUCCGCCAAAAUGCGCUACAAGGACGCCGUGGUGAUGGUGUGCUACUCCUGGAUGCACUCCUUCUCCUUCUCCCUCACGGCGCUGCUCUUCUCCUGGCUCCGCUACAGCGACGUGUACGCGUCUUGCACGCUGCAAAGAAGCGGCGGCGACCGGGUGAAGUUUGCCAUCUUCACCGCGGUCUUCCACGCCGGAAGUUUUGUGCUGUCGCUGCUCACGCUGUGCUUCGCUUACCUGAAAGUGCUCCAAGUGGCCAGGUUUCACUGCAAGAGGAUCGACGUGAUCACCAUGCAGACCCUCUUCCUGCUGGUCGACCUCCACCCAAGCGUGAAGCAGCGAUGUCUAGCUGAGCAAAAGAGGCGAAAGCAGAGAGCCACCAAGAAGGUCAGCAUCUUCAUCGGCUCCUUCGUCAUCUGCUUUGCUCCUUAUGUAAUUACCAGGUUAGCCGAGCUCCUCCCCUUUGUGGACGUCAACCGCCGCUGGGGCAUCAUCAGCAAGUGCCUGACGUACAGCAAGGCCGUCUCAGACCCGUUCGCCUAUUCCCUCCAACGGCAGCAGUACAGGAAGGUGGCGCUUCACAUCCUCAACCGUGUGCUCCGCCGCGACCUCUACCCAUCAUCCGGCCAGAACAGCUCGCUGGACACGGAGAGCGACUACUGCCUGCAGAGGAUCAGCUAGCAUCCGGUAGCCGCGGGGCGCAAAAAUGCAAAGGCAGCUUUCCUGGGGAGUGAGGUGAUGGUUUGCAAUGGCGGGUAAGGUUAGCAACGGAUGGGAAGGGUAAGUCAUUGGCCGCUCUAAUGACAAGACAUGUGAUUCUUCUUCUUUUGGACUUUUAGGACCAACUUUGGUAUGGAGAGACACAAGAUGGAAACGAUGUUUCGUAUCUUGGUUGGGUUUUUUGGUGACUUUUUCAUCCAAAAUUUGGAUUAAAAGUAGGUAUUUGGCGUUGCUGUUUUGCCAAAGGACAUGCAUUUUUCAUUUAGUCAUGGUUUUGUUAAGAAAACAACUCAAAGACACUGGAGGGUCACUGGCCGGCAUUUUAGUCACUGUUCGAUCUAAAAGUACAGCUGUAAGUUGGCAUUGUUAUCUUGUCAAAGUCUAUUCAUUUUUUGGGUAUUUUAUUUAUAUUUUAAAUGUUAUCAAGAAAACUAUGGCAAAAUUCGCUGUAGGGUCAUUGCCAAGCUUUUUAGUCACUGUUCAGUCUAUCAAGUUAAUAUAAAGAAUGUAGAUUAGAUAAGUUUUUUUUAUUUUGUGUGUUUUUGUCUUAUUAAAGACCAUUCAUUUAACAUAUGUUUUCAUUAUAUUUAUGGUUUCAUCAGGAAAUACACACCAACUUGCACUGUAGGGUCGUUGGCCGGCUUUUUAGUCACUGUUUGGUCUAAAAGUACAGUUGUAAGUCGGCAUUUAGCAUUGUUGUCUUGUCAAAGUCCAUUAAUUUAUCGGCUAUUUUAAUUUUAUUCAUAAUGUUAUCAAGAAAAGUCCAUCAAAAUGCGCUGCAGGGUCAUUGGCCGGCUUUUUAGUCACUGUUCGGUCUAUAAGUACAGUUGUAAGUAGGCAUUUAGCAUUGUUGUCUUGUCAAAGUCCAUUAAUUUAUCGGCUAUUUUAAUUUUAUUCAUAAUGUUAUCCAGAAAACUCCAUCAAAAUGCGCCGCAGGGUCAUUGGCCGGCUUUUUAGUCACUGUUCGGUCUAAAAGUGCAGUUGUAAGUAGGCAUUUAGCAUUGUUGUCUUGUCAAAGUCCAUUAAUUUAUUGCCUAUUUUAAUCUUAUUCAUGAUUUUAUCAAGAAAACUCCACCAAAAUGCACUGUAGGCUCAUUGGCAAGCUUUUUAGUCACUGUUCAGUCUACCAAGUUAAUUUAAAGUAUCUAGAUUAAAGUUUCUCAUAUUGUUGUUUGUUUUUGUCUUAUUAAAGACCAUUAAUUUAUCAGAUAUUUUUUUUAUAUUUAUGGUUUCAUCAGGAAAUACACACCAACUUGCACUGUAGGGUCAUUGGCCGACUUUUUAGUCACUGUUUGGUCUAAAAGUACAGUUGUAAGUCGGCAUUUAGCAUUGUUGUCUUGUCAAAGUCCAUUAAUUUAUCGGCUAUUUUAAUUUUAUUCAUAAUGUUAUCAAGAAAACCCCAUCAAAAUGCGCCGCAGGGUCAUUGGCAAGCUUUUUAGUCACUGUUCAGUCUAUCAAGUUAAUUUAAAGUAUCUAGAUUAAAGUUUUUCAUAUUUUUAUGUGUUUUUGUCUUAUUAAAAACUAUGAAUUUAUCAUACUUUCAUUAUAUGUAUGGUUUCAUCAGGAAAUACACACCAACUUGCACUGUAGGGUCAUUGGCCGGCUUUUUAGUCACUGUUCGGUCUAUAAGUACAGUUGUAAGUAGGCAUUUAGCAUUGUUGUCUUGUCAAAGUCCAUUAAUUCAUCGCCUAUUUUAAUUUAAUUCAUAAUGUUAUCAAGAAAACUCCACCAAAAUGCACUGUAGGCUCAUUGGCAAGCUUUUUAGUCACUGUUCAGUCUAUCAAGUUCAUUUUAAGUAUCUAGAUUAAAGUUUUUCAUAUUUUUGUGUGUUUUUGUCUUAUUAAAGACCAUGAAUUUAUCAUAUAUUUUCAUUAUAUUUAUGGUUUCAUCAGGAAAGACACACCAACUUGCACUGUAGGGUCAUUGGCCGGCUUUUUAGUCACUGUUCGGUCUAUCAAGUUCAUUCAAAGUAUGUAGACUAAAGUUUUUCAUAUUUUUGUGUGUUUUUGUCUCAUAAAAGAGAAUUAAUUUAUCAUAUAUAAUCUUUAUAUUUAAGUGUAGGAGCCAUGAAUGAAUUUAGAUAAAUUUUGUAGGUGCAUGACAGUUUAAAUUUGAAUAGUGGUGUUUGUUAUUGUUUAUGAUAUGAUUUAGGUUUGUUGUGAUCAAGUAGGUCAAAUGGAUAUGGGCGGUGAUGGUUUGUUAAUAUAGGCACCUGCUCACCUGUGUGGCCAGAGAGACAGAGUGAGGGUGAGCAGGGUUGCCCGUAUUUUUUGUUGACCGCUAAUUUCUUUAAUCUCUGUGAUUACUUUGAUUAUGAGUUUGUCCACAGUAUCAUAAGUUGAUCAUUAUUUUUCUUUAAUAAAAGGUUACAUUUAUUUUUUCGUAUUGCAGAGAUUUUUUUUUUAUGUGCGGUGCAUCAGACAAAGGAAAGGCCUCUCAGUGACUCUUUUGCAUGAAGUC